UCCGUCUGGUGCUUUGGAUCUGUUUCCAUCGGUCGUCACAGCCGCUCGUCAGAUCCCAGCAGCCAAGAUGGUGAAGCAGAUCGAGAGCAAGACUGCUUUUCAGGAAGCCUGGGACGCUGCAGGUGAUAAACUUGUAGUAGUUGACUUCUCAGCCACGUGGUGUGGGCCUUGCAAAAUGAUCAAGCCUUUCUUUCAUUCCCUCUCUGAAAAGUAUUCCAACGUGAUAUUCCUUGAAGUAGAUGUGGAUGACUGUCAGGAUGUUGCUUCAGAGUGUGAAGUCAAAUGCAUGCCAACAUUCCAGUUUUUUAAGAAGGGACAAAAGGUGGGUGAAUUUUCUGGAGCCAAUAAGGAAAAGCUUGAAGCCACCAUUAAUGAAUUAGUCUAAUCAUGUUUUCUGAAAACAUAACCAGCCAUUGGCUAUUUAAAACUUGUAAUUUUUUUAAUUUACAAAAAUAUAAAAUAUGAAGACAUAAACCCA